UGGUUAUUGAAAAUGUGAUCCGUUGUCUGUUUCGUGUCGAUAUCAAUACUUCUCCAGUUUUCCAAAUCAUAUUCACUAAUGCCGAUUUGUAUACCCCUGCUCGACCUCAUCUACGAACAAUUUGCAAAUCAAGAAGUGUAGUAGAUUAUGCAUGGGAUGAUUUGUAUGGUAAUAAGAAGAUGGUAUUGCAAGUAUUCGAAAAGCGAAGUAAAUCCUAUGAAAUCAGUCUUCCUGGACCUGCUGAGCCCCUGGUUUAUGAGAAUAGUUUGUAUAUUCAACUGGCGCAUAGCUUCACAAAACGCAGUGGUAAAGGAUCCGGUGAAUUCACAGAUGAAUCACAAAUAGCUUCAAUAGUGCGGAAUAAGUACGAAAGAAUUCCAGUACAAUGAUACGUCGACAAGAAGGACUCUUAUGGAAUUCUGGAUGCAAUUCAAUGAGUUAAUGAAUAUUGUUACAAAAAGCAAGAAAUUGAAAGUUGAAGAAGGAUCACGUGCGAAAAGCAUUCAGAAAUAUGCGUCACUCUCCUUCCGAAUGGUUUUCGAAGAUGUUGAUCUGAAUUUGGAAGUUCCUAGGAAACUUGGUGAACAACAGAAAGCGGUUCUUGAUGGAAAAUGGCAGCCAUUUGCAAACGUAAAGUUGGAAAGAGCACGGAUUUCAUUUGAUGCAUUUGAAGAUAAUCAAUCGGAAUGAGAUUUGAUUUGUGAGAGAGUCGAAUUAGUUGAUACGACCUCCAACGGACCAAAAAACUGUUUCCCAGUGAUUUUGCAACAUACCGAUUCAGGAAAACAUUCUCGACCAGCAACUCCUGUCACAUCUUCUAUUAAUUCUUCUCUGAUGCUUGAAGCACAUAUAAUGAUGAAAAAAGAUGAAUGUCCCGUUCUAACACUCGUUCUCUGUAACGCCCGUGUUAUUCUUGCCUACGACUGGCUCGACGAUCUGAAACAAUUCUUGAACCUUUAUACCGAUUUUGUUCCAAAAUAUUCCGAUGAGAUUCCAUAUCACCUCACAGAGUCUGGGCGUCGUCAAACAUUUUCGAAAACUCAUGAUGGAGCUAUAAUCGAACGAAAUGCACAUGCAACUGAUUCAGCGUCAUCUCAUUUCCCAACGUUUUCAUUUAAGAUCACACAUCGAGAUUCUGAUCUUUAUCUACUGGAGAAUCUGUUUGUAAAAAAUAGUUGCAAUAAUAGCGUCAACUUCUGCUGUGUUGAAUAUGAAUGAUAAUGGUGGAUAUAUUUCUGCAAAUUUGGAAAUUCAAUCAAUGAAGCUUCGAUGGUGUUCAAUGCAACAUGAGAAACAAACGAGAAAUUUAUGUUCAAAUGAUUUCUCGAUAACUAUUGCAUUGCACAUUGAUACAUCUUCAUUUGGAAAUCAAUCGAAACAGAAUAAGGGAAUGGUUGUAACACCACCAAUACGGCAUGCAUUGGAGAUCGAAGUUGUCAAAAUGAUUUGCCGAUUGUCGUACAAGGAUGCUCGUGCUUUGAAGGCAGUUAUUCAAGGAUAAAGAAUUAUAAAGAAGCACAGAAGAAGUCUUUGAUUCCAAUUAAUGUUCCACAACCACCAUCUAAACCAAUUGACAUUGCGAUUUACAUGAUUCAAACUGAACACACUGAUUUGUGGAUUCUCGACGAUCUUCAGUCCAACUCGAUUCCUUUGUUGAGAUUAUCAGUUGCUCAUGUUUGCUUGAAAAAGACGGGUGAACGGAUCAUUGCUUCAUUCCAUGUUUCAAUGGAUUAUUUCAAUCAAAGAAUAUUCGGAUGGGAACCUGUCAUUGAAGAAUGGAAAAUUCAUCGCUUCCUGCACAAUAAAAAGGAUUUGAAACAGACUAUCGAAUGGGUCGCCGAGACGAAGAGUACUCUGAACAUCAAUGUUACCGAACAGCUCAUUUAACAAUCCAUUCAAUGGAAUACCAAACUUCCGGCUAUUCUUGCUUCCUUCGAACGUGACGAUUUCAGAAAUCAGUGUACUCGAUCGAGUAGUGAUCAUUUGCCAUAUGUGAUGAAGAAUACAACGGGAUGUGAAGUUCAUUUCACUACAGCCGUCGAAGAUGUUUAAUCGGCAAGAUCGGAGCAAAGGAAGUCAACAACUAGAUGGAUGACAGUUGGAAGAGGACAGGAAAAGAAUUUCGAAUUUCCAGCAAGGCUUCUACUUUAUUCGCAUCUCGAAAGGGAACCACCACGUCAGUUGAUAGUUCGUGUGUCAGGAUGGGAUGAAAUAUCGUAAAUCAAUGCUAAUCACAUCUGUUGAUAUUACCAAAGAGCUGUCAAUUACUGUAUCAACUGAUCGACUUCAAUCUCAAGCACCACUUCUUAUCAACAAAGCUUCCAUCGGAGAAGGUACACUACUUUUCACAAAAAUGGCUGAUUCGAAAGGACACUUGCUCGAUAUGUAUUGUCAUGUGAGACUUGGCGUUGCUCAGGCCAUUUCGGUAUCUCUUUGGGUACCCUAUUGGAUUGUCAACAAAUCUGGAAUACCACUGAUCAUACAACAAGAAGCUGUUAAAUGGGAAGCUGCUGGACAAAUGGAAGAACAUGAAAAAGCGAAAGAUAGACAUCCUCUGAUGUUCUCAUUUGCCGAUGAAAACUGUCCGAAGGCUUGUCGUUUAAGCUGUUCUUCUUUAUGUCAGUAUCACAAUGUGUGGAGGACUAGGAUUAUUGGCAAUUGUUGUAUUGUCAACCAGAUGCUGGACAGAACUAUGAUGAUUGGAGCUUCCCGUUCUCCUGCAGAAUUGAAUUGUACUUCUACGUGGUUACUGUGUUAUAAUCUGGUUGGCGGAGAGCUGGUAUCAUUGAGUACAAAGCAAUACUGAUGUCCUUGCUGUACUUGUUACGCUGUAUUCCUUUCAAGCAACCACUUCCAUAUUCGAUUUUCGUUGCUUCAUCGUUGAUACGUCAUACGUCACGAAGCUGCAUCAUUGUCUAUGUCGGAACCUCUACCACCCUGCAUACAAUCCGAAUCUAGCUGAUGCUCAGAUGAAACAUCUCAAUUGAAGUGGCACGUCGUAAGGGAGUGGCAGGAAUGCAGUGAAGAUUUAUUAGGAUCAGCUUUUUUUGAUAAUAUUUAUCAAUUGCUUUGACUAUAUUAGUGUAUGCUCGGCCAUUAAAUAAAUAGUUUAUUUUUCUC